AUGGCGGUGGCGCCCCAAGGGGCCUUGCCAGAGACGAUAGCGCCAUCAGGGACACUCACAGGGCCAUCGGUAGCUCAGGGGCCCUCCCAGGCACGUGAGCACCCCAAGGGGUCCUGCAAGGGGCAUUUGCGGCCCCUGGGGCCUUGCCAGAGACGGUGGGGCCCUCAGAGGCCUUGCCAGGGGCGCUAUCGUCACCAGGGGCUCUUCCUGGGACAGCAGCUCUCCCAGAGACCCUCUCAGGAGCGGUGGCGUCCACUGGGGCCAUGUCAUGGACAGCGGAGCUCCCAGGGACCCUCCCAGGGGAAGCGCCGACCCCAGAAAUCGUACCAAGGGUCCCCAGGAGCCCUAUGGCAAGAUUGUCCAUAG